AUGCCAAUGGAUUUUCAAUGGGCCAAGAAGGCAAUUAGCAUUGCACAAAAACGUAUUGAUGCGGUUUUAGACAUUACUCCGGAAGAAGAGGAAGAAGUCGAUGCCUAUGGCUCCUUGAGUUUGCCGUCUGUCCCUGAAUUUGAAAGCAUUGUUGAUGAAGAUGGGAAUGUUGCAUCGAAAAGUGAUUGGGAACAAAAGGAAGGGGACAGCAACGGUUGGAACGCUGAGCUACCUAAUGAUUUUUCGAAUGUUUCUACGAAUUCUCCAGACGAGGGGGGUUGUAGCGGCGACGAUCACGAGGCAGAUACACCAUUAGCACCUUUCAAGGGUUACUUUGGACCAGCCGAAGUGACACUGUCUGUUUCAAGUAAAGGAUUUAAAUCAGAAGAAGUACUUCCUCAAAGCCUGAGUUGUGACGACGCUUUGACUGUUGUCUCCAGUGAUAUAGAAGUUUUACGACAAGGUGAUUCAUGUUCAGUAGCUAGUAGUGCUACUAAGAAGAAUACGAGUCUGCCUAUUUCUGACCAAGAUCAGAUGUCCUCAAAUGCGUCGGACCACGUGUCUAAGGAGCCUUUGCCUACCAUUGAGUCUCUUAGCGGUGAGAUUGCUCAACUCCGCGUACAAAUUCAGUAUCAGGAAAGGAGAAAUAGUGACUUACAAGCUCGAAAUCAAAAGUUAGAGAAAAGGUCGCAAGAAUUUAUGGCCUUGAAAGCGGCUUGCACGCAGCACAGUGCGACUGAAACGAUGUUAAUAAAGAAACUAACAGAAAAGGAAAACGAACUGGCUAGUCUACUACAAGAGGGAGAAAAAUUGGCUGAGAACAAUGGUAAGAUGUCUAAAGAAUUGAAACGUUUGAAGAAACUUUUGGCUGAACAGGAUCAGCUAGCCAAAAAAUUGGCGCAGUCAGACGUUGAUAAAGAGCUUGCAAAGGAAGAAAUUCGUGCGCUAACGGCUGAGAACAAUAAGCUGCGUGUGAAGUAUUUUCUAGCGACAGUAAAGUCUAUGGAGGGGGAGUCUUCAAAGGGACGUGUGACAGAAGAAGUUCUUACUGCCGAUUUGAAAAGGAAAGAUGAGAAAAUUGAAAAAUUGAUGGGAGAUUUGCAACGUGCAGAAGCUGGUCGGGAGUCUGCAAUCGAUGAAUCAAGGGCAAGGAUUUUUUGCUUUUUUCGUCUAACGUUUAUUCAGGCGUUUUCGCAUUUUUUCUUUACACAGCUCGAAGAAUUGGUGCAGGAACUUACCAGUAAAGCAGAGGAACGUGAGCUCAGCACCAAAGGUGUUGAAGAAAUUACAAAAGGUCUAAAUGCAGCUGUUGAAGAAGAAAAACGAAAGAAUGAGCGUCAAGCGUGUUAUAUUGACUCGUUGGAAAAGAGACUUGAUGAAUUGAUGGAAACUCAACGGGGUGCUGCGCAAAUGGUUGCGAUUGGUCCGAGAAAAGUUUGGGACAUUUGUUCAAAGAAACGCAUGAUUCAUUGUGGUAUGAUCUAUGCAAACACUGGUUAUUUUUUUUCUCUAGAGUUUGAAUAUGCUAAUCAACCACUUCUAACAACGAUACAACAGUUGGAAGAGGAGCUACGCGUUAAAACAAACGAUUUCGAGUCAUCGCUUUCGCAGAAGGAGAAAAUGACAAAUAAGAUUCUUGAAGAAAAAAAUGAAUUAAUAGCACAAAAUAGGGAGUACUCAGCCGAGUUAGCGAAGUUGCGAACUUCAAAUAGCGAGUCUCAGCAAGUUGUGGUGGAACUGUCUUCCAGGUUAAGGAUUCUCGAAGAAAAUCAGAAAAGGUUAGAGGUGGAGAUUGAUCGCAUCAACGAUCUUAACAGAAAUCUUAAGUCUUCAUUAAGUCUGAAGGAGAAAGAAGUUGAAAAUUUUUACACUCGUUUGCGGACAGAGGCAGAAAAUGCGGAAAAACUGAUUUCAGAGAAGCAGAGCAAAGUCGUCGCGCUCACUAGGCGGUGUGAAGAGUAUGAAAGUGAACUUGCCAAGCUCCGAGAGAACGUUGAAACAACUUCGGUGCGAGCGGUCUCCAGGACUUCUUCAACCGUUUCAGUCGCCAACGAUUAUGACAAACAGCCAGUUGUAUCAUAUGGGAGUUUGAAUGCUGCUCAGGCUGAACUAGUUGAGGUAAUGACGAAGUAUGAGCAGUCAAUGCGGCAAGUUGCGGCAUUAAAAGCGAAGGUAAUUGAAAUGGAAAGUAACGCAAAACUGCUUGCGAGGACCAGGAAAGAGUUACAGAACUUGCGUGUUCGGUAUGAGAGCCUCCUGGAGGCCCAUGGAGAAAAGAUAGAACGGAUUGAGGAAUUGGAGCUUGAUUUGGAAGAUGUAAAAAAGCUUUUCAAGGAACAGGUAUUGAGAAAGGGAACUAGUCUUUUGCAAAAAAGGGGAUUUUUCAAUGCCAGGCGACUUUUGUUUAUCACAUUUUCUACUAAAUCUACGUUGUUUAGAUGGAACUGCUAGUU